AUGAGUUCUUACGUACUUGACCUUUCCCAAGAGCUCCAGCAAGGCUUACAGGGUCUAGUUCCAACUACACAAGACACUGCUGCUACUGCUGCUGCUGCUACUACUACUGCUGCUACUACUACUACUACAGAACUAGAGGAUAUGCCACCACCAUCACAAGAAGAUUUCUCAAAGAGAAAAAAAUUGCCCAUCAUUGUUGAUGUCGCACUUGAUGCCAAUGGUAAACAAUUGUACCAAAUUCAUGAAUCUUCCAAAUUGGUGAGAAAGGAGAUGCCUCGCUCAACUAAUUUCAACCUUCACCAUGAACUAACUGCUGAAGAACUUUCAUUUAUUCAAAAUGGUGGGGGUUCUGUUGGGGUCGGUGCUAGGAUCUUGGAUAAAGCAAACACUAGAUUAGGAGAUAAUCAGCAAGAAGACUAUUAUACCCACAGUAGUGAGGAUCAUGACGUAUCAUUAUUCAACAAAGAAGAUGGAGUAGUGGAUCUGACUACCUACUCGCAAAGCACCGAUUCUGAUCUCCAACACAUAAACAAACUCAAUCAUGAAGGGUUUUCUCGCGUUGAGGAUACUGAUAUUUGGUCAGAAGAUGUCGAACAAGCAUUUGAAGAAGUAUUAACAUUCAUACCCAAGAACGGAUUAAAUAAAAUCAAGAUUGCUGGUCGAUCUUGCGGACGAAAUGAAUUAGUUUCAGAUUACAUAUUCACAAAGACAGGUAAAUUCAGAACAAGGAAACAAGUUUCUUCUCAUAUUCAGGUUAUAAAGAAUCUCGGACAAAAUCAAAAGAUUAUUGAUUUAAUUAAUAAUGGACCUAAUUUUGAAAAUGAAGAUGAUCAGGCAAAGACUAUGAAGAAAUUUGAAUCGGUAUUUUCCAAGAUCAAUCUUAGUAAAUCUUUGGGAUUUAGUAAUUCGAUGAAGAGGAAACUGACCAGUAAUGCCACUAGUGAGAGUGGUGGUACUGUUAUUGAUGGAACCUCCAAAUUAGUAUCAAUCCAUCCUCCAGCAACCAAAAGAAGAAGGAAAAGCCAAACAUCAGAGACAAAUUUACCAGAAUUGGAAAUUGGCAACUUCUACAUGUCUGUCAACAAUUACAAUUCAGAUUCAGUUCUAUUAACCAUCCAAAAAAACAGUUUUAACAAAUAUGGUAUCCUAAAACAUUUGAAAUUGAAUGAUAAUGCCACCAUAUCGCGUCGAUUCCCAGGAAUGGUUGAAUUUGAAAAUAGUCCAAAUAUUCCUGUAUUACACAACAUGGCGAGAAUCUAUUUACCUGAUGAUUUUUCUCCAAAAGCAUACGAUGUUGGAUCAGGAUUUAGUGCAAAUUACAAUUUGAAAUGUAAAGAUUAUCUACCACCACCAUCAUCAUCACCAUCGUCGUCGUCGUCAUUGACAACUAAGCUCAAGUCCAAACAGUUUAGUAUAUUUACUUGCAUCUACUCCUAUGGUCAAGAAGUUUCCAAAUAUAAUCAAGCUGGUAUUCAAUUAAAUCAAGAAUGUCAAUUUAUAAUUAAUUUUUGGAAACCUUUUAUUCGAUUUGUACUCAUGAGUAAACUGGAUCAAGAAGUAGCUACUGCAUUAAAAGGACUUUCAAUUAAACAAAUAGUUUAUGAACAGAAUCAUCGUGGUGGUGGUGUCAAUUAUAAUGAUUCUGCUAUUGUUCAAGACGAUGAUCUGUUUAUGGUGCUAAAAUCAAGAGUUAAAUUGGUACUACUUUGGGAAUUCCUGCAAGUUUACGAUUCAUUACAAGCUAUCACCACCACUACUAAAAUCAUUUUGCCUGGUGGUGUCAAUAAUGAUCAUUUGGUUACUGCUGAUGAAAAUAUUGUACCACAAGUCAUCACAUAUAAAGAUCCUAACCGUGUUUUUGUUGAUGAUGAUGAAGAAGGAGAAGAAGAAAAUGCGUAUAAUGAUGAUGAAGGUGUUGUUGAUUACGAUACAGGAGCUGCUGCAGAAGUAGACUCAUCAAUGAACUCUAACUUCAAAAUGGGCAAAGCUACAGCCACUACGGCUACUGUACCAUUACCUGGUCCUGAUCAUUUUGACGAUUUUACUGCUGCUACGACUGCUACAAAUGCAACCACUACAAUGCGACCAUUCUCCAGUAAAGUUCCAUUAUCAAAUCCAGAGUACGGCCCUGAACUUCGAUACCCACCCCAUUUUGUACUUGGUAAUGAUCCACAUUUGCAACAACAAGCAUUGGACUCAAAUUCAUUCACAGCCCAAAGCCAUCCACUACACCAACACCCUGCACCACCACCUCCUUCCCAUCACCAUUAUCAUCCUGAUUAUGAAAUCCAAGUACAACAACAAGUGCCCGUUCAUUACCAUCACCCUCACCCAGGGUAUAAGUUACAUCAAUCGGCAAAUAUGGAUCUAAUGAUGGUUCCUUCUGGUCCCGUACAUUUAGAACCAGUACCCAAUUUCCAAGAUUAUCAAUAUACUAAUCAGGGUUAUAUACAGGGGUAUGCUAGUGAUUACUAA